ACACAUGAACCGUUUACGUAAAGUGCGUAAGGUUUAUACGUAUGUGCGUGUAUUCUGUGUGUAUGUGUGGAACGCUGCUGCUGUAGUUAUUAGUUAGUAGUGAACAUUCCGUUGAUUUAUUGUGAGUUAAAAAGGCGAGUUAGAAUGAAGGUAGGGUAGUAUGCUAAAUUGGUGUUGGUUAGUGCUCAUAUUGUCAAAGCGGAAGGAAACCGGACAUGUGCGUGCGUGCAUGCACCGAAACACUCUGAAGAUCAUAUGAAGAAAGAGAAACCUUUAUAGUUAUGUGCCUUUGUUUUUGUUUUAUAUAUUUUUCCGAAACCUAUGAGCAUCGACGUCGCUGAAGAAACAAGUGGCAUGUAAGAACAUAUCCGUAAUUUUUCUAUGAGAUGGCAGCAUCAGAGAAUUUGGCUGUCCUACAGAGCUCUGUGCUUGUUGCCCCUGUUACUGCUCUGGAGUUUCUUGGAGAUGAGUGGUUGUUGACAGGUGAAGGACCCAUCCUCUCCAUCUUCUGUCUCCAAUCUGCACCUACACAAUGUGCUUCACUGAGUGUUCUGCAUAACUACCGUAUCCAUGGAAUACAGCCCAAGCUGCUAAAUAACGAUGGUCAUGUCACUGUUCCUGAUUUGGUAGAACUAGUCAUUUUUGGCGGGAAAGCAGUGCGUCUUAUUAACAUCAGGCCUCGUGACCUUAGUUUGGAGGUGGCUGGUCCUCUGUUGGAGCUGCAGGAUUGGGUUCUGGAUGUUUCUUGGCUAAGAGGAGAGACCGGGUCAUUACUAGGCAUAUGUCUGGCUCACAACUCUGUGCUGCUUUUAGAGCCACAAUCUGGAAACAUCUUGUCCCUCUGCUCCUGUGCAGAGGUGUGUCUUCUGUACUCUGCACUUCUGAUUGGUUCACACUGGGAAACAACAGUUCUGGUAGGGGGGACUGUUUUCAACCAGCUGGUCCUGUGGAGACCUGGAGGGACCAAAAGAGACAGCCAGGCCCAGGUAGAGAGACGCCUGCUGGGGCACAGUGGUGUGAUUUUCAGCCUGUGCUACCUCGAGAGCUCCAGAUGGUUGGCUUCUGCCUCAGACGAUCGUAGCGUUCGUGUCUGGAACGUUGGCGUACUGGGUGCAGAUGGAGGGUGCGGAGUAGAAUCACCUUCCUGUCUGCGAGUUCUCUAUGGGCACCAGGCUCGUGUCUUUUGUGUCAGGCUCUCACCUGGCUGUGUGUUCAGUGCUGGGGAGGACGGUGCCUGCCUACUGUGGGAGUGGGAAGGGAAUGGUAGAGUGGGUCGAACAUUAAAAGGUCAUAGAUCUGGUGGCAUCAGAGCACUAGCAGUUAGUAAAGGGGGUGGAUGGGUGGCUACAGGAGGGGCUGAUGGAGGAAUACGGGCAUGGAGAGUUUUGGAGGGAGCCGGACAGGUGAAGCAAAGCCAAGAGGGAGAUGGCCAGAUAGAUUUGGGGUUCAGUGGGCGAGGUUGUCCUAAAGUUGUGCAUUCAGUGGGAGGCCACGAUGCUGUGCUUGUUUGCACUGAUCAAGGAGAAGUAUUUUUGCAUCAGGAUGAAUCAUGGCAGACAGUUUGGAAUGGUGGUCCAGAAUUUCAGUCCUACUGUGUGAUGGAAGUAGCAGAUGUCCAAUUUCAGGAUGCCUCUUUGUGUAUGUGUGCAGUAGGUAAUAUUAAUGGAGGGGUUCAGGUGUUCGCUUUACACCAUCCGAAUUCAGGUGUAUUACUGCAAGCAGGCCAGGGGAAGGUUCACACUUUGCAAUGGGUCAAAGGGGAUCAUUUGUAUCUGUUGGCUUCUGGUGCUGAAGGAUUGGUAUAUAGAUGGACAGUAGAGGUGGAGGCGGAUGAAACGGGCCUAUGUUUAAUAUUGGAGGAGCUAAAGUCUUUCCUGUUGCCACCAUGUGCCAAGAGAUGGCUAACUGCUGCAAUCAGUUUGCCACAUGGAAAGGGAUCACUGUGGGUGUGUGGAGACCGCCGUGGUUCACUUUCGCUCUACAGAGAAAGGGAAUUAUGUGGUGAGAGUGAAGUGACUAGUGAGAACAGAGAAGAAGAGAGUGAGGAAGAGCAAGGAGUUUGGAAGGAUGAGAACAGAUGGUCUGAGAGUGCUGCGAAUAACACUGCUGCUCCCAUUUCCCCUGUCAACACACUGUUCGGUGUCCAUGGGAAGCAAGGCGUGACAAGUGUAUGCGAGCAUCAGGGUUUGUUUUAUAGCACCGGUCGGGAUGGGUGUGUGCGGGUUCUGACAUUACACAGGCAUACUCUAAAGGUACGGCGUGUUCAUCGUACCAGCAAAGGAAUGGAGUGGUUGGAAAAGGUCCUCUUCCUGGGUUCUGAUAUAUCUGAUGUGUUUGAGGUCAAUAAGAGAAGCAAACAGGAUGACAGUGAGGAGGAAGAGAGGAGUAUAACAGAAAGAGUGCUAGAGAAUGGAGGAGUUACCAGAAAAGAGAGAGAUGUAUUAAACGAAGAAGCAGAAUUGAUGAAGUCCAUGGGAAACAUAUCCGAAGAUGGUGGGCGUGAAAGUGUUGCUGAGGCCCAUUUUGUAAUGGUUGGCUUUCACGGUAUCCAGUUUCUUUUGUGGGAUCCAUUGAGACAAGAAAAAAUUUUCUCAGUGGCAUGUGGAGGAGGACACAGGUCCUGGGCCUACAUUCCCCCUUCUCGCACUCAAACACUCGCAUCCUCUCACAGCCUCGGACAAGGUACUCUGAUCUUCAUCAGGCAAGGAUCUGUCAUGGCAUCUCAUUCCUUGACUUCCACAGCAACCCAUGUGAAGGGACACAUACUGAAGGAAGGACUUCAUGGCCGAGGCCUGAGUUGCAUUCGCCACCUUGGUAGUGUUUCCAGAGGAGGAGCAUCAUCUGAGGAAUGGGAGGUGCUAGUUACUGGUGGCGAGGACACCACAGUGACAGUGCUUGCGGUUGAACCUAGGCAUGGCACGGUGAAAGUGCUCACUGUUUUAGCUGACCACAUCUCAAACGUUCGGACACUGACUGCGGUCCGAAGAGAACCGAGACAAGAAGGCAAUAGUGACAGGAGGACAAAUACAUCAUCUUUGUUCUCAACACUGCUCUUUUCUGCUGGUGGGAGGGCUCAACUGCAGUGCUACCGGCUCCUGAUUGGCUGGGAUGAACAGGUGAACUGGCCUGUUUGUCAGGUGACUCAGAUUGCUGGUCACAGAUUGGAUGAGCAAUGGGAGAGAAGACGGAAUCGCCACAAGACUGUAAAAAUGGACCCUGAGACAAGGUACAUGUCAAUGGCUGUGGUGCAUGAAAGCGUAGAGGAGAUUCUCCUGGCACUCGCCUGCAGCGAUGGAGCAGUAAGGCUUUUCACUGUGGGAGAGGACAGCAGGAAGGUUGAGCUACUCUGGGAGAAUUUUUAUCAUCAGCGGUGUGUGCUCAGUCUUGCCUCUUAUAGCCUUGAAGACCCACAGGGCAAGCAGCAUGUGUUGUUGUUUAGCGGGACUACAGAUGGUGCUGUAGCUCUGUGGGAUCUGACUACAGUGUUGGACAGUAAAUCCAAGGACAGCUGGCACGGUCCAUCUUCCCCUUGCUUCUCUCUCCCUGUUCAUCAAAGUGGAGUAAACACCCUUGUAAUAUCUAACGAAGUGGGACAAAUGGACAAAGACGUUAUCACUGUGGCUAGUGGUGGAGAUGACGGACAGCUGUCGGUAAUGAAGAUUCGAGUGCUACUCCGUCAAAAGGUCGUGUUUCCAGAGCUGCUCUCUCAUUGGACAGUAGCGUUAGCACACUCUGCCCCUCUAACAGCCCUGAGCAUGCUUAAUUGUGCAACACUGGUGUCCACAUCUCCAGAUCAGCGCGUGUGUGUGUGGCGUGUGUGUGGCAACGGACUUCGGCACAAAGUGACAAUGUUCUCACACACUGCAGAUGCUGCAGGACUGUGGGCAUGGCACAAGAAAGGCUCAGAAUUACAGAGUGGAGACUAUGUGGUGGUUUGUGGACAGGGCUUGCAGCUCUUGAAGUUAACGGAGGGGAAAGACCCAGAGAGUAUAAGAAAAGAAAAGGAACGACAGAAAGUGAUAUUUGCAGACCGUUUUGUCAGAGUUUAGGCUGCUACAAUAUUAAUUACUUCAUUCAGAGGACUGACCAAAGCAAGCACAGACUGAAUUUGACUGUACCUUUUGAACAUUCAAAAUAAAAGGCAUUUUAAUUUAUGAUAA